GCCCGACGCCCUGCUGCCCUGGAGCUGAGCCGCCGCGGGACCAUGAGCCGCCGGGCCUUCUGGGAGUAUGGCAUCUGAACCUCACCAUGAUUGGAAACGGAACCCUCUGCAGGACCACCAUCUCCUUAGAAAAAGGGCCUCGCGAUUCCCUCGCAAGAUCAUGAAGGAGGGUAAGAGAGCUCCAAAACAGCUGGCUUCGUACACACAUAGACCCGCCGGUCGAGCCGUGAGAAGCCCAAACAAAGCGCCCAAAGCGGGGAGCCACAGGAGAGGUCGUCGCCACUUUCCGAGCCCCCGCUCUAGAAAAGCAGCAUCUCCCGGGGGCAGGUCCCGGGUCAUGGCCAACAAGGAGAACGAGCUGGCUUGCGCGGGGCCCCUGGCCGACAAGCUGCGCCAAGAUGUCCGGGCGCCGGGCCUCGGCCCCAGCGACUCGAGCGUGGCCCAGACCGAGAGCCCCUCGUCCAAGUACAGCAGCUUUUUCUCUGAGGUGUCUCAGGACCACGAGACGAUGGCCCAAGUCCUCUUCAGCAGAAAUCUGCGACUGAAUGUAGCUUUAACCUUCUGGAGGAAGAGAAGUAUAAGUGAGCUGGUAGCCUACUUGGUGAGGAUAGAGGACCUCGGCGUGGUGGUGGACUGUCUCCCCGUGCUCACCAGCAGUUUGCAGGAAGAGAAACAAGCCAUCUCCCUCGGCUGCUGUGUGGAUCUGUUACCUCUAGUGAAAUCAUUGCUUAAAAGCAAAUUCGAAGAAUACGUGGUAGUCGGUCUCAACUGGCUCCAGGCGGUCAUAAAGCGCUGGUGGUCCGAGCUGUCCUCCGGGGCCGACGUGGCCAAGGAUGGAAACGUGCAGAUUUUAAAGCAGCAACUGAGUGGAUUGUGGGAACAGGAAAGCCACCUCACUCUGGUUCCAGGAUACACUGGUAAUAUAGCUAAGGAUGUCGAUGCGUAUUUAUUGCAGCUGCACUGAGGAGGCUCGGAGGCCGGGGGAGCACCCGUCUGUUUCCAAUAUCCCUAGACCGCCCGG